GGCUGGCUAUAAAUGUCUCCUAGUUACAAUGUGUAGAAAAAAUUUAAUGGUUCACACUUACUUGAACCUAGACUAACUUGAACCUAUGUUUGAACUGUGAAAUGUGCCUCUAUUAUUCUUCUGCCCUGUCAAUAUGCCACUGUUCUCAAGGAAAAAAGGGAAAAAGAAAUCCAAGCUUUCAAUUCAUGAUGCUCUCGCUCCAAGUCCAGCAUUUGUGGCCAUGCCUAGUACACCUCCUCUGAACACCACACUCCAGUCUCCCAACACACAGCCGAGGGACCACUUCACCUUUACCCUUCCUCCACAGCAUCAUGUCCUGGACACCAGUGGCCCCUCCACUGCACAGCAUCAUGUCCUGGACACCAGUGGCCCCUCCACUGCACGGGACAACCAAGAUGGUGUAGCUGGUGUAGCUGGGGAAAGUGUGUACAGUCUGGCUGGUGACUACAGUGAUGAUGAUGAUGGCCAUGGAUAUGCAACAGUACGCACAACCUCUUUCAGUCGCCCCAGGCUGUCCUCUCCAAAACAAACACUAGUGACGACCCUCCCACCCACACAUCCUACACAUCCCACAACCCUCCCACCCACACAUCCCACACAAGCACCCUCCCCCAAGCGCACACUGAGCUCUAGUGAUCUACCAAGUGUCACAAGUGCUCUUAGCAUUCACUCUGACUCCACUAAUAUCAGCUAUGGACUCUCCCCAUCUCUACCAUCACGUACUACUCAUGACAAUGCCACACCACUACACAGCAGUGAGAUACCAGCAUACCAAACAAGACCUAAUCGAAGAUCACCUCAUAAGAAGUCUGUACAAAUUGAAGUACAUCGUGAACCAGAUGCAGAACAACAUGUUGAGGCUCUGUACACCAAAGUUAAAAAACCAAAAAAAAGCAGCAAAGAAAAAGCCUAUGUACCGAAUUCUCGACAGCCUAAUGUAUACCACACACUGGAACCACCCACUCCACACGGCCAGGACAACACUCCACACGGCCAGGACAACACUCCACAUGGCCAGGACAACACUCCACAAUCUCACAAGUAUAAAUCAACCAGAAACAAGCGACACAGCAAUGGCCAGUCAAAGAGGAAAUCACGUUCUUUUGAUAACUUAACAACAAGUUCCAAACACGUACACAGCACACAAGAGCAUCCACAGCAAAGACACCACAGUGCUUCACAAUAUGGGCACCAGGCAUAUCCUACAUUACCUGAUGAAUCAAGCUCCUCAGUAGAAAGUUAUUUGCAAAGUGAUGAGGAAAUGUCACACGAUUAUCACCAACCACGACAAAUAGAUUUGUCAACUUCCCUCCAGCUACCUAACCAUCAUCCCCCUACCAGUCAGCACACUCACCGGCAGAGGAGGAAGUCAACUGGUACCUUAAUCGAUGAUCCUAGAACUGAAACACUUCCGAUAAUUCAACCAAACUUUAUUCAGCAGCAGGGCAACGUGUAUGUGUUCUCAGAGCAACUACCAGACGGUCGAGUUCAGUAUUACUCUGCUACACCUGUGCAGGCCCACCCCCCUCACAGCCCCACACCUCCACCAGCCUCACACCCUCACACACCCACACACCCACACCCACCCCCUCGCCAUACUCGACAUAACUCACCGAAUUUAGCAGAGUCUGGUUAUUUCUCCACCAAUGUUCUGGCGACUGGCCCUACCAAACCACAACUGAAUACUGAGAGCAUUGUGAUAAGCAGUGCUGAUGGAGCUAGUACACUGAUCACACCAAUAGCUACCUCCACUAAGGAACAGUGCACACAUAACCACCAAGCUAGCACACAAGCCAAGCUACUAGAGUCAUCUCUGAAUAGUGCAAAAGCAACUUCUUCACCAUUCUUACAUGCUACACCGAGGAGUAUUGAUGACAGAGACUCGCCCACAGAGCUCAUUGCUGAGUAUAAGUCAAGGGAGACAGACUUCAAAGCACGCAACAUGGAAUUGGAGGCACUAAACAAGGAGAUGAAAAGAGAGAAUUCUACUUUGAAAAAACGAAUUGAUGACAUAACCACUCAAUCAGACAGCCAUAGUGAUCAGGUUCAGUGUAGACUGCAGUCUCUCUCCUCAGAGAACAGUGUGUUGUGUGAGACUAACACAGCCAUCCAGGCAAAGGUCGCCCUGCUAGAGAGUGAGUUAUCCCAGGUUAGGGAGGAGCUAGCCUCCUUGUCUGAUGAGAACCAGGCUCUACUGACACGCCAGCAAGCCUCACUGGAGGAGCGGGGGGAAUGGGAAAGGGUAGCAUCUCACGCGCACUCUGUCCUGGAUGAGAACACCUCGCUGCUCAAAGCACAGAAAGUGCUCAGAGAGACCAUCAGACAACUCAAGGGAGAGCAUCAAGUAAUCGUGUCUGAGUUGAACAGUGAGGUUGGUGAGCUACAGAGGGAGCAGCGAUUGAGAGAGGAGGCUCUCAAGUCUCUCAGACUAAGUCACACUCAACUACGGGCCAGGUUUGAUCAGUUGUCAGCCAGAGCCUCGAGACAAGUACCACUAGAGGAGCAUCAGAGUCUUCUCAUGGAAAUGCAGAGGCUCGUCCAAGAGCUGGAUGAUAAAAACCACAGAGAGUUGAAAUCUCAAGAAGUUCAUCUGAGAAUUUCAGACAAAGACAAGAGAUAUUUGGUCACUAAGCUAACAGAUGCUAAGGCUAUCAUAUACCAGCUAGAAGGAGAAGUUGCUCAGAUGCACAAAACACACAAGAGGGCUCAUGAGAAGGUGAUGGAGUUGCAACGUGAGCUAGAGCUGGCUAGGAACAGGGAGAUCACAAUGCAUACUCAGCUCAGCAAGGCAGUGCUCUGUGCAGAGAAGUCUGUUUCAGAAAGAGACACCUUUGCAAAGAUAGCCAGAUCUCAAGAGCAAGCUAAAGAGAGAACAGUGGUCCGUGGAGCCAAGAAAGAAGCUUCUAUAGGGAAGAGGAUGGAAACACAUAUGCUGGAGCAGGCGUCAGAAAUUUUACAUGAGCAAGACAAAGAUCAUCGGCAUCAGAGAGAGCAGUAUAGACAAGAAAUCAGCCAUCUUAAAUCAUUACUGGCCAAGAAACAGACUUUUGUUGACAAACUCAUCAGUCAUAAAUGAAUAUCAUUAACAGUCAUAUAACAUUAUCAUGUUUGUGGGUAAAUUUGCACUAAGGUGCGGUUUUGAUGACGCUCUUUGACGUAA